GAUCCUAUCGAAAUAUCAGACAGUUAGAGAGAUAAUCACAAAACCAUGAAGAUUGAUAUUCGAGACUAUAAACGCGAUGCGAUUCUAUUUAGCUUUUCUGAGUUCUCGCUUGAGGGAACCAUCAAGGAUCUGAAAAUGGAGAUAUGUUCACGAGACAAAAAAUUCAGUCCUCACCGAGUUUCUUUGAGAACUACACCAAGCGGGACUACUCUGGCAGACAGUCGAACUUUGCAGGAGCUCUGCUCUGCUGAUGGAUCUCAGAAGCUCAUUCUAUACCUCCGUGACCUGGGGCCACAAGUCGGAUGGCGUACAGUUUUCGUCACUGAAUACACCGGACCUUUUGUGAUUUAUCUCACUAUGUGGUUGCUGAGACAGCCAUAUCUGAAAAUGUCUUUUGUAACGCCCUCGACAAGUUACGAACAUCUUCGAUUAUUGGCUGUUUGUUGUUGGUGUGGACAUUACGCCAAGCGUAUUCUAGAAACCCUCCUCGUCCAUCGUUUUUCUCACGCGACAAUGCCUUUGAAAAACCUCUACAGGAAUAGUGCGUACUACUAUUUAUUCGCGCUGUUUGUGAGCUACUUUGUCAAUCAUCCACUGUAUACCUUCCCUGCUUACGGAUACGCUCAAGUUUAUCUCGGACUUGCCAUAUUCCUAAUCGGUGAGUACGGAAACUUUUGUUGCCAUUUGGCACUGAAGAAUCUUCGUCCGGCUGGUUCGACCAUCAGGAAAAUCCCUCAUCCAGUGCCCGGUCAGUACCUCACUCGUCUCUUCAAUCUGGUCGCCUGCCCCAACUACACGUAUGAAGUCAUCGCUUGGAUCGGUUUCUCCAUAAUGACUCAAUCAUUGCCAGCUGCUCUGUUCACAUUUAUUGGAUUUUGCCAAAUGACCAUAUGGGCAUUGAAGAAGUUGAAGGCAUAUCGCCGCGAGUUCAAAGAAUUUCCCCGAAAUCGACGUGCUAUUGUGCCAUAUGUUCUCUGAGCGGCCGGCUAAAUUCGCAUACACUGAACCACCCAUUACACUUCUCUUGUCCUGUGUCUGCAAGUAGCUAUGACCCAUCGGUUACCUUCUCUAUCGCUGUUUGUAUCUAAUCUGCUCCUGUUUCGCUUGAUUACGCACUUGGCAGGUGAUUCAUUAUUUUAUCCCCAACGCUUUGCGUUCAUCGCUGUUUCGCAUUCCAGUCGAUAAAUUUUACCUUAUUUUUGAAGGCUGUUGCAAUUAUCGUCUAUCUUACUACGUCCAAUGUCAUUCGAUUCGCCUAGUUGAUCACAGAUGCUAAUUUCAAGCUAUUCUUUGCUCCGUGACCGUUACCAUCGCUUUUCACAGCAAAUUGUGACUUAUUUUGUGGAAUUGUAAUUACCUACCCGUCCGCCUCAGUUCCCACGGGGCGACGACAGACUGGGACGACUGUGACUUUGCAAUUUCAACAUACGUAAGUAAACUGUAUCGUGGACAAAGCGAGGCACCUUAUGACGGAAUAAUUCAGUGAUCUACAAGAGCUCCCCUCCGAUAUUAUGUCAUACCAUAUGCUCUUCAAAUGCGAACUUAAUAAACCCUCAUGACGGAACCUGAUAGACAGUGACUCACGGCUCCUGUGGUGUCUUCGCACAAAUUUCACACACACAGGAUUUUGGUGUAAGCCCCAUGAUUGACAUACGUUUAGACUUUUUCCCAUAAGAUUAUGAAGGACUAGUGUGUCAUUCCAAACGAUACCUGUACAUCCGCAAUUAUCAAAGAAACCUGGCAACAUGGCGAUGAUUAGGGGCGCUGGUUUGAACGUGCUGGAACGCUUCGAAUUAGUGCGGUUUGAUACGGGCUCGUAACGAAGCCCAUCCCUGAGUCAGCAUACCGAUG